ACACUUUACUUCGGGCAAGGCCUCCCGCUCUCCCGGCUUUGGGAGCCUUCAAGUCAGGGAGUUCCUUUCACCAACGGGAGGGGAGCGGAGGAAGGGAGUUGUUAGGGAACUCCUUGCCAUCCGGCCCCUAGGCCGGUAGAGUUCAAUCUUCAUCGCAAUAAGAACAAUCCAAGCAUAAUUCGCAACGCGACUCCAGCUGCCAGCGCUCUUCAGCAUCUCUUUGACAAUGUUGUAUAGAGGAAGCUCCCCUGUCUCUGCAUAAAGCUGUUGACGAAAGCCGUCCCACUUUUGUCAAGAGAAAAAGGCGUGUUCAGCGUCGUUAGCCACUCUAUUGCAUAACACACAAUCAGGAGAUCGCACCUUUCCAAUUAUGUGCAGGUUUGACUUGAAUUGCAAUAAUGGCGUCUCCGGCCGAAACUGGCGAGUUUAAACCGAGUUACAACUGUAGAAAAUGCAAAAUAUCAUUCUCUACAAAGCGCGAAUCACUCCUUCACAAAAAGACCGUUCACGAUGCUGAACCAGAGCAGGGAAAAUUUCUCUGUAAAAUAUGUAAUAAAGCGUUUGCAAAUCACGGUAACAUGUACCGUCAUAUGAAAGGACACGGUGAUAUACGGCCACAUUCGUGUCGUAUAUGCGGAAAAGCAUUCGCGCAAGCAGCAAACUUGAAUCGACAUUAUUCCGUUCAUAAUGGAGAGCGACCGUUCUCUUGCACAGUUUGCAACAAAUCCUUUACCCAACAAGGCAAUCUACGGCGACAUGAACUCGUUCAUACAGGCGAGAAACCAUUCCGGUGUAAGCGUUGCGGCCGAAUGUUCUCACAGCGCAUAAAUCUUAAGAAACACGUUAUGCUACAUCAAGGCUACAGACCCUUCACAUGUGAGAUAUGCAACAAGUCAUUCCUACAGCUCCAGAACUAUAAGAAGCACUUACAACGCCACGAAGAGAAAGGGAUCAAAACUGAAGAAAACGAUGUACUCUAUGAAUGUGCAAUGUGUGGUGUUGUUUUUAACAACUUUGCAGAUUUUCAAGGGCACGAGAUAUUUUGCGAAGUUGCUGGCGAGGAGCAAGUGGAAACAACAACAUUCGAUUUAGAUGAACAGCAACAAGAUGAACUGGAAAUUGAUCAGAAACCGAUUAUUUUACAACAAACAGUUACUCAUAUUGUCAACUCAUAAUAGAUUUUUGAAUUACUUGUAUUGUAUAGAAUGUUUGUUGAACUAAAUAAAGCACAGUCACUCAAAACCAA